UUCUGAAGGCUGUUUGUGAGUACUCGCAAGCUGAGUUGACCAGUGUUCGUGUCUACUGCUGUUGCUGGCAGGCUGGCUCCGGAGUGAGUGCAGAUAUUUGCAAGAAGAAGGACGUGAAGAAAAAAAACUAAGGAUCCGAUAAAAAAUUAUGUUCUGCUUCACAUAUCCCCUGAAUUUAGACUAAUUGUGAUAUAGCCUGCUUUUUUGUUAUCCUUUGUAAGCUUUCCAGCACUCGGUGUGUGGAAAUGACUGUGAAAAUAAAUUCAAAACGGGUACUACAAUGGAAGUAGUGAAAAUUUUUCGAUGCUCCCAACCCGUACUGGGUGUGUUUAUUUUAGCGAGCUCAGCCAUUUUGGAUAAUGAUUUUUCUUCGACUUUGUAAAAAUAUGCGAGUUGGAGCGUUUAGGAAAUGCUUAGUCAAUGGUGUGAUUAGAUGUUAGGCUAAAUGAAUUAUUCGCUGGUGUUUGAGUAGUAAAAUUAAUCCCGUGAAAGGAUUGAAGAAUGAGUAGAAGCCGUCGUUCUUCGUAUGGGCAUAGCCACUAUCAGCAUCAGUUUACUGUCACCUCAACCAUCAACUACGGUGACGGGUUGUGUGAUAAUGGAGCCAGUGUUUCGCAAAACGAUGCACCAUCCCCCUCCAGAUUUAGUGAAUCAUCAUCCUAUUCCAACCUUGGAACACGUCUGACGGCUUUCGUGUCUCCUGCUAGUAACGAGUGUUAUCGAAAUGAUGAAAAUUUGCGGCCCUGCUGUAUGGCAGCACCACCAUCUUCGGCAGCAACACAAUCGAGCGAUCGAUAUUCCACCAACUCUGCCCCCACAUCUAUCAUCGCUUAUCCUGAUAAUAGAAAUGCACCACACCAUCGCUCGAUGUCACCUAGCUCCAGAACUCGCUACCCAGUCCCGGAACGAUUUCGCGAUCCUCCACCUCCGAAAACCGACCAAUAUGGAAACUAUUUGAUUAACAAUCCUCCUUUAAUGACCAGCUCCGAAAGUUACCAAUAUUUAACAUCCACUGUACAUACACCUGUUAAACGUUACAUCCCGACGCCACCACCUCCCGAAAGUUAUCAGCAGGAAAUGGGCUUAGGACCGAGUUUGAUGGCUGGACUAAUCGCCUCGAAGGGAGGAAUGAACAUUAUUAAUCAGGCUGGCUCAAGGACACCCGUCGUUAGUACCCUUCCUUAUCGUGUGAAAAUCGAAACCAAAAAUCCACAAGUGCAAAGUAUAGCCGAAAAUACGACAGAUCACUAUGCUACACCACCUCGUGCAAGACCCGUCAAAUGCCAACAGCCCCUUUGUACAUUCAGUCAGUCGGCUACGCUUGGACGACAGUCUCGUCAGUUAUGCCCUACUGUUCCAGACUACUCCAUGUUACGCACUCCCACGCCUGUAAGUAUCAUGAGUGAACCGAUCGCAACGAACCUGACCGAUGAGGAAAACUGUUACCACUGUAGUACCCUGCGUAGAGCUACUGGAGUACACCAGACUACGCAAACAUCUGGUCCAAUCAGUCCGCAACCGUUGUCCAUCUCCUCGGUAUCCAUGUCCGAAAUGGAACGUCAGUCGCCGCUAAGCCCACCGUCACUAGUAUCGCAUGCAUCCUACUCCCAUCAACAUCCACUGAUCGUAUCCGGUGACGACGGCCGUAAUUCGUCCUCCCUCAUCAUCUCCCAGUCGCAUACUCUCAACAGCUCCUGUAGCAACCCAUCCAUUAUUAUCCAGUACCAACAGCAACACAUCCAGCAUCAACAGAUCCAACAGCAGCCUCUCUAUCAACAGCUUCAGCAACUACAGCAGCAACACGCACAGCAUCAACAGCAACAACAAUCACUACCGCUUCAGCAAAUCCCAACUCCUAGACUACAAGCGGAUUCCACUCCUUCUACACUUCAACGCAAUGUGCAACCGUGUCGGGCUCGUCUAUCGCAUAAACAACGCAUCAAAGAGUAUCUUCGCCGCAGUACGGCGCAGUUUUUCGGGGUUGAUCAACUAAACGAAGACUACGAGCAGCAGAAAUGGGAGGAUCGCCAAAAGCGACUCGCGGUUCGUCGGUUUGGAACGUUAAAGGAAGAUGCCGUAGUUGGACGGGUUAACGAGGUACACGCCGAAAUGUUGAAUGAGCACAGUGACAGACCAGAUGUUCUACCGGCACAAAGCCAGGACGAACCGGCAACGGAGCAGAAUCGUCGUCAGAGAUUCAACCCGUACUAUCGGCACGAUGGAACUGAUGAGUUUCAGGUUGAACGGAAACAAUCGGUUACGCAGAUGAUUGGCAGUGGCAUCGUUUUUGUGGUACAGAGCUUGAGAAACCGUAUUCCACGGAGACAAAAACAGUGGUCUAGGAGUUUUGCUCCGGCUCAUGUUGCUCUGAACAAUGACGACAAUGAUCUGUGCGAUGGUUUGACACCGAUUCAGGAUGAUGAGUUGUUUUUCGACAUUCCAACAAUUAGCAACCAACAGCAGAUAGAGCAGGAUCUUGGAGUCGACAAUUCCCGGCAGAUCUACGUGGUAGAUGCGAAUCAUGCGACGAUCGGGAAUGGAUGGCGAACGCGAUCAGCGGAGAUACAGAUCCAGCAGCAACGACCGUCUCGUCCUGCCAGAAAUGCACUUUAUCAAUACUAUGGACAACGCAUCACGACGCACAUUUUGGACAGUGUAUUGGACAAUUCCAGGCGGAUGUCGAACCACAGUAUUAAACUGUUGAGGCCAAAUUCUCUGGACGACCGCUACGAUCAUAGACCGUUUUUCACGUACUGGGUCAAUACAACGCAGGUUCUAGUACUGCUGCUGACGCUUUUGUGUUACGGAAUUGGACCGAUUGGAAUCGGGUAUGAGCAGAAAAGUGCACAGGUUUUGGUUACGAGCUUAAGUUUGCAAACUGUGCAACAUUACGAGCAACGAAAUGUUUGGAUUGGACCACGGGGUGAUGAUUUGGUACACGUGGGGGCUAAGUAUGCAGCAUGCAUGCACAAAGACACAAAGGUGAUGGAAUUGAUUUCGAAGACUCGAAAACAGGAACGGGAAACGGCAUGUUGUAUACGAAACGACGACUCCGGAUGUGUUCAGAGUUCGCAAGCGGACUGUUCCGUGCGCGGUUUGUGGCCAACGACCAUUUCGACAUGGAAAAAGUGGUCUCCAGGUGAUUCGGGUCCAGGAGGACGGAUAUCGGGUAGUGUUUGCGGCCUGGAUCCAAAGUACUGUGAAGCUCCGGCUUCCGUAGCACCCCAUGAAUGGCCUGACGAUAUAACAAAAUGGCCUAUCUGUAGGAAAAAUAAUCAAGUAUCGCAAAAAUUUCGUUUCAAGGAUCACACAGCGGAACACAUGGUCUGCGAAGUUAUUGGUCAUCCGUGCUGUGUGGGAAUCUCAGGGGAGUGUCGAAUCGCUACCAGGGAGUACUGUGAUUUUGUGCGAGGAUAUUUUCAUGAAGAAGCCUCGUUGUGUUCACAGGUUUCUUGUCUAAACGACGUGUGCGGAAUGUACCCGUUCAUUGCUACCGACAUCCCGGAUCAGUUCUAUAGACUGUUCACGUCACUGUACCUUCACGCCGGUAUUAUGCACAUAGUGCUAACCUUUGCCUUCCAGCAUAUCCUCCUAUCGGAUCUGGAGCGUUUGCUGGGCUCACUCCGGACGGCAAUCUUGUACAUCGGCUCAGGUGUAGCAGGGAACCUCACCAGUGCAAUUUUUGUACCAUACAGACCGGAGGUUGGACCACUGCCAUCGCUUGCGGGGACGAUUUCCUCGCUUCUAACACUGCUGAUCGUAUGUCAUUGGCGCAAUCUCAAGCGGCCUCAUCUAGCGCUGUUCAAACUUAUCAUAGUAGGCUUUUUAGUGUUCGGUAUGGGUAUGCUACCGUGGCAACAGAACUUCACUGGAUUGGUGGCAGGAUUAUUAUUCGGGAUGACUUAUACCCUUGCACUAACGCCGUACGUCCACGUGAGGAAGUACAGCAGGAAAAGAAAGAUCAACCUCAUAUGGACUUGUUUCGUGUUUCAGUUCACGCUAUACGCCUUUAUGUUCCUAGCGUUCUAUCUGUUUUCGGCACCAUUUUCGCUCAAUUUCGUCGACGGCAAUCAGAUCGCCAGCGUGAACGACCACGGCGGUUUGCAUGACCAUUUCAACCCAUACGACACGUUCAAUUAUUUCAACAACAAAAAUGCUGACAGCACGGGCUCGGGCUCCGGCACCGGAUCUAAUGGCGGACCCGGAGGAGGAGGAGGAGGAGGACGCGGCGACGGCGGAGGGCGGUACGGGAACGGGGGUGGCGCUAUCAGUAUGUCGGGUGGAACGAUAAAAAAUAUUCCGAAACCGAAAUACAAUAAUAUGCAAAGUAGUAGCAGUAGCAGCAGUAAUGGCGGCAGCAGAAGCAACAACGCUAAUCUCAACGCUAAAACCAAUAGCCAUACUCAUAAACAGGUAGCUAUAUGUGAGAAGGGACAGUGCAAUCCGCGUCCGAACGCAUGACGUCGAUGUGUUCUAUGGUUUGCUCCGUUGCAGUUGGUUUACGUUCUUUCCAUUCUGGUCAUGAUUAUUGUAACGUUACACGAUAACGAAUAUAUACUGAUAUACUAUAUAUACUGGUGAAUAAAGAACGCAGGUAGCGAAAGCCAUGUACACGUCAGAUUUGGUGGACAGUUA